CUUUCCUAUUGAGUUCUCUCUUGAACUAGAAUUCUCUCUUUCUUUUAUUGUUGUAUAGUUUUGUAAAUCGAAAUGCUUCUUAUCAAAACCGCCUCCCACAAUGUGAAUUGUAAUCUCGCAAAGAUUAAGAAAAUGUUCAAAGGCUUUUGUAUGUUGAAUCCAUUUCUCAAUCGUUGCAUAUGAAAACACACAAGUUAUCCGUGAAAUGUUUCCUAUUUUGCAGUUUGUUUGUAAAUAAAUAUACUCUUUGCUCCUCUACAAGGAUAAUCUAUAGACAAGAAUAUUCAGUGAGGAAGAGUUUGUUGCGCUAUGCAAGUUUCCGAUGCUGCAAUAGAUCUCAACUGAGAAAUGAUCUCCAAGGAUAUUCAUCUGGUUAUCUUUGUAAAGUGGUUGCACCAAUUUCACGAAAAGUUAUCUCAACUCCUUCAAGAGACUUUUUGGAUAGAAAAACCAAGAUUGCAAGAAGGUGUAGUUUCUGUGGGGAAUUGGGACACAAUUCUCGUACCUGUAAUAAUAUGAGUGAUAUAAAUAGGGUUAGAAAGACUUUGUGUCCCCGAUGUAAAGGGUCUGGAGUAAUUCCUUGUUCUUUAUGUAGUUGCCACGACAGCAGAAGCAUACAAGUGUGUGAUGAGCAAGCAGUAGCAUCCACUUUUGAACUGGCUAACUUUUCAAAACUAAAAUUUAUAUACAAAGGAAAGAAUUUGAGACAAGUAUGUACGAAAUGUGGAGGCAGUGCUCUAAUGGUUUGUCCUGAUUGCUUCGGAUUCGUAUGAUAUUCGUAAUAUUUGUUCGAUA